UGCGUGUGCAAUUUAUCGUGCACCAUCAGACAGUUCCGUCAACAUGUCGCUGAGCAGACGACGUGUACAUUUCUUCUCGCAAUUUCAAACUUUAAUUUUGACGCUUUUGUUGUUUCUGUUUUGUUUCGUGUCGAAUGUGAAAGCAUGGGACAACGAGGACUUUGAGCUUUUCGAUUUGGUGGAGGAUGUCCAACUAAAUUUCUAUGAUGUUCUCGGCGUCGAAAAGACGGCGAGUGCGGCAGAGAUUCGCAAAGCCUACAGGAAACAAUCUCUGCUUUUUCACCCUGACAAGAACAAGGAGGACGAGGCCGAGGAAAAGUUCCGGCAGUUAGUUGCUGUGGCAGAGGUUCUCAGAGAUACAGAUAUGCGAGAAAGAUACGACCAAAUUCUUGAGCAUGGGCUUCCCAACUGGCGAGAGCCGGCCUUCUACUACCGUCGAGUCCGCAAGAUGGGCCUGCUGGAAAUGGCUGUCUUGCUCUUCAUCAUCAUAACGGUGGGUCACUACGUCGUCCUGUGGUCCAUCUACUGGGAAAGACUUCUAGAUCUUGAAGCAAUCAUUCCAAAGAAGAAACGGGACAAAAAGUCCAAGAAGGCAGGCCGGCAGCCCGCCACCACCUCCGCAACUACCCCGACAGACGCCGACGAAAAUGCCCCCCAAGACCCGGCCCUGGACGACCCCCUCCGCCCAACCAAACCCCAGCUGGCCGAUGCCCUCCCCUGCAAGCUCUAUCGCCUCCUAUUCACCACAGCAGUUUCCGUCCCCUCCAUGCUGAAACAAGCCAAACUCGAACUCGAGAUGUGGCGGGAGAGGCGAAAAUUGGAGGCGGAGCUAGCUGCACAAGAGGAGGAGGAGGAGGACGGGGAGGAAGGCGGAGUUAAGAAGGUCAAAAAGAGGCGGAGAGUGGAUCCAACCGUUUACGAGUACGAGCCAAGCACAACGACACCUGUAACCUACACUCCACAGGAAACCACGGACGACAAUAGCAGCAAAAUUUCUAAUAUAAAGUCUGGUGACUGGACCCAAGACGAUGUGACCAGACUUAUCCGGGCCAUGACCAAGUAUCCUGGGGGGACGGCGGCCAGGUGGGACAAAAUCGCCGAAGAGAUCUCGAGACCUGUCGAUGAGGUUACUAAGAAAGCCAAACAAAUCAAAUCUGGAGGAUUCGUAGUCAGCGUGGAUGCUUCGGCACAAGGUAUAACUGGCGCAGUGAAGCACGCAGUGACCAGCAAAACGGGGAAGAAAUUUACUGACGAUGACAUCACAACUCAAGACUUGACAACAUCCGACCCAGACGACAGCCACAAGGAAAACCAUGGAAAACACAAGCCGACCAAACCUCCCAAAACUGCCGAGAGAACGUUGCUCAUCUCACAGACGUCGGGCAACGGAAAUCUCGAGAGCCAACGGGAUGAGACAGAAGGGGAGAACGCGGAGAACGCUGGGACGGAGCAAGAUGUUUUGUCGCCGGGCGGGGCAGGAAGCUGGAGCCAGCGACAACAGAAGAUCUUUGAGAAAGCUCUGACCGUCUACGGUAAAGGCGUGGCCGAGAGAUGGGAGAAGAUAGCUGAUGCUGUCCCUGGGAAGAGAAAGGAGGAGUGCAUCUUGAGAUACAAGGAGCUCGUGGAGACGAUACGACGGAAGAAACAGGGGAACGCAGGACCGCCACCAGAGAGGUAGCAGCAACAGAACGAUGAUGGUAACAUCACUCAUCAUUGGACGACUGAGUUUGACAGUUUUUAAUAAAUUAAUUUUAAGCCUAACACCCCCUGGUCAUAUUUUGCCAAGAAACUCCCUGAAUUAUCCAAAAUGUUGCAGUGGCCGGUUUCAAAGGGUAGACUGGUUCCCGUCCGCAUAAUAUGGGGAUCGGUAGCUAGUUCCUAUUUAAAGCCAUUGAUUGGAUCACCUCUGAGAGUGUGCAGCACGAUCUUUUAAUGUUUGAAAAUGAUGUUUACUGCUUUGCGCACGGAUGACAGUUGAACACAUGGCUAUAAAAAAAAGUUAACUCUUACCAUAACCAGUAGGCAUAUUUAAUCGGAUGUGUCUCCAUGAAGACAACUUCCAAGCAUUGCAACUGGAUAUGUUUCAAGUACUUAAAAGUAGUGCCACUUGACUGAUAUCGACUGAAAGGACAACUUUGCACAGAAUUAGAGGUACUUUUGGAGUUGUACUUUUUUUUUAAUCCACACUUUUUUGAUGGCUUUCCAAUUCGAUGCCUUAAACAAAAAUCCAAUUUUGAAAUUAUCUCUUUUUACAGUAAAUUCAGUCAGAUUGACUGCUUUUAUGUUGGACAGUUCGUAGGUAAUUUAUGUUUUGUGAAACAAGUCUUGGUUCAAAUAUUGAUAUGUAUUUAUUUGUUCCCAUUUGAAUUUUCAGGGUUUAGUUUUUGUUC